GUCCGGCUAACUACAUUGUACUUAGUCUUUGCUGAGUGUCGACGUUUUACUGCGGAAUGAAACACUAGUCCAGCUGUCCUCGUUCAGUCUUGUGAUUUGUGUAGCCUUUUCUUCUCCACCUGGUUCGGAAUGUUUGAAUUUGAAUUCGUUAUGUUGUUGUUGUUGUUUUUGUUGUUGUACUUCUUCUUGUUGCUGAUUCCUUAUAUUGCACUUUACGGAGGGCCCGGUAUGUUUCGGCGGAGGAGCCCGGCGGGUACGUUCGGAGCAGCGUGUUCUAGUGCCCAUCGUACCACAUCUGUGACAAGAGCACAACCCUGUCGUCCACGUCUGCUCCACGGCAAGCAUGGAGAAUUCACAAGCCGGCCGCUGCAAUUUUGGCGUGAGUUUGUGGCACUGAGAGAGCUAGAGCCCCGUUUGACUAUCAUUGAGCUGUUGGGGACGGUGACUGUGACCUAUAGCCAUGCACCAAAUACCGUAAUGGAGUAUUCCACGCAGACUUUGCGAAAGCGCUGCACCCCAGAGUCGGCUCUAUCCGCUUUGGAAGAAGCGAUUAUCGCUCUCGGAGUGUCUUCUGCUUUGGAGUACGUGCAUGGCUGCGGUAUUGUCAUUGGAUAUCUCAAUCUGUACACUAUACUGUUGUGGGAGAUGGCGACGCCUGCUGGUUUGGAGUUGCAGGCCAGAAUCGUGCAUGUUAGUCGAUUGGCUGAGUUGUUGGACCGUGGAGAUGCACAGCUUAUAUCUAUGAACUCUGAAUCAGUCACGUACCUAGCACCUGAGUGCGAUGAGAUUUCCAGCGCAGGCAUACACAGCUGGAGAAGAGUUGAGAGUGCAAGCGACUGCUAUUCAUUUGGCGUAUCAAUGCUCAGCGUGAGUCUUGGCAGAGAACCUCCAAACCUUUUACAACUAAUGCAUGAGGGCAGAGAGAAGGAUCUCGAAGAGCUUGGUUCCGAUCAUCCACUGCGCAACGUCAUCAGCAAGUGCUUGAUUAGGAAUCCGGCGCAUCGUCCAAGCGCCAUUUACAUCUGUCGUGCUGUGGGUGUUGUACAGUUGCCGGUUAUUGAAUUGCUGAUCAAGAAACGGCAAAGUCUUCCAGAGUCGCGAUCAAAGUCGUUGACACUCCAAGCUUCAGCAGAAGAACAAACUGAUCAACAUUCCAAGCUAGCAGUGCAUCCAUUAGGAGCUACACAACAAUCAUCAUCCGAUCGGGAUGAGGACGAACGCUUGUAUCAACUUCUGCAGGAGCUCAGUUCCAAGCUGGACGAUGAUCAAGAAAGGCCACUAGAUUUGACUAGCAUAAAACACAUAAACACCAACCCCGAUCAGUCAUCACUGCCACCCACUUGCAUGCAAUGUGACAACAUUAUCGCUGCGCUAAUUGAGCUAGCUCACAGCACCGUUGCACGGCACCACUGCCUGCGUCGUAAGCUUCACGGCGAAAGUGGAGAGCUUGAUAAUGUAAGACAGACGUUGCUUGCUUCUCCGAAUCUCCGCAACCAGUCCAAGCAAGCCACAAAGGACAUGUAUAAACUGCUGCUGGAGCUGGACACCAAACAUCAUGGGCUUGCUUGCAUACGUCUUCAGUCACGAGCCUUAGCAAGCAAAGUUAAUCAGUUGGAGGAGAUUCUCUUCAAACUGGCAACGCAAACGGCUCCAUAUGGGGAUAGUGUGUUCGCUACUUUUGCUCUGCUCGCGUAUCCUGGACGUCAUUCAACUGCUGGUCAGCUUGGACUGUUUCUCCCACAGUGGACGCCUAUUGGAAUGCUGCCGAUCAAACGAGGUGACGAGGCAGGGGCACUUCAAUACCACAGAGGAAGGCUCUACACAACUCUACAUCUAAGCCCAGGGAAAUGGAAUAUUAAAAGCGCAGAUGCCCGCAGCCUCUCGAGCUGGGUAUUGUGCAGCCUGCCCGGGUUGCCGCAUUCCCAUUCCCACGCUCGAUUCACGCUGGACAUCAUAGCGGACAACAACGAUCUUUAUUUGCUGGUCACAUACCUCCGAGAAUUUGGAGCUCUCGUCUUCAAAUACCGAGAAGACGGCGGGUGGAAAAGAAUAGUACGACUGCCAGCGUUUCGUGCCAAAUUUAGUGUCCACAUCAGCAACGGCACACUGUAUGUGGUGGCAGGUGAAAGCAGACUAUGCAACGUAGAUAGCGCUCUUCCUCAUGUCAUUAGUGUGGAUUUGGCCGUGGAGAAUUCGGCUUGGGUGCCUUGGCCAAACAUUCCUGGAUACAAUGAUGUCUUGGCAAAUUCCACUAGUCUAACUAGUUUUGUUUACGACGGGUAUCUCCAUGUGGUCAUGUACGGGAAGGUGGAAAAUGUUGCCAGGCCGGAAAUUUUCUCAGCAUCCACGUCACGGCAGCAAACAGUUACUACUUGGAAGAGGGGUAUUUUGGGCCACCCUCCACCGGAGAAAGCCAGAUUCUGGAUUAUUAAUGGCAAGUUGGUUUGCAAGGAUGUGAGACGAAUAUCGGUGGGACAACUAUACCUGUACUCUCCAGUCACUGGCCAGUGGGUGCCAGUCCUACAGACAGGCGGAACGCCGUUAAGCUAUUAUGGUGUGAACGGUCGUAUGUUGAGCGUCAAUGAAGAAGAUAACCGGAUCUUCGAGUUGUCGUGGAUGCAAUGAAUCUGAUGCUGGCAACUCCUCCAGUUGUCGCUCCAGUGGCCUUGGCAACUGCUAAAUUUGUUGCUCCAGUGGCCUUGGCAACUCCUCCAGUUGUCGCUACAGUGGCCUUGGCAGCUGCUAAAGUUAUCACUCCAUUGUAACCUGAUACUGACAACUCAUUAUAAUAAAUUGUCACUGCGGUGACCAUGGUAAUCUGAUGCUGAUUAGUAGCCAUGGUAACGGCUGUCCUAACAAAGAUCCUCUACCCCACACCGGAUUGUAUCCCCUAGAGUGCACCCCCC